AUGUCGCGCGCGUUCUCGUCCACGAAAGCGUCGACGAGCGUGACGAAUGCGUCCCGACAACAUCGACGAAGACGCGCGUCGUCGUCGUCGUCGUCGCGUCGUUCGACGCGCGCGCGCGCGUCGUCGCGACGCGCCGUCGAAGCGCGCGCCGCGUCCGAGGGCUCGCUCACGGAUACUUUGGAACUCACCGCGGAUAACAUCGAGAGCGUGCUGGACGAAGUGCGACCGUACUUGAUCGCGGACGGUGGUGACGUCGAACUCGUCGAAAUCGACGGACUGUCGGUGAAGCUGAAGCUCAAGGGCGCGUGCGGAUCGUGCCCGUCGAGCACGGUGACCAUGCGCAUGGGGAUAGAGAAGCGCUUGUUGGAAAAGAUUCCAGACAUCAUGGAAGUCAUACAGGUGGAGGAAAAGCUCGAGGGAUUGGACCUGAACGAAGAAAACGUGGAGGCAACGUUAGACGAGAUCCGACCGUACCUCGCCGGCACGGGCGGGGGAGAACUCGAACUCAUCGACAUCGAAGAACCCAUCGUCAAGGUGCGCCUGACGGGACCGGCGGCCAAGGUGAUGACGGUGCGCGUCGCGGUGACGCAAAAAUUACGCGAAAAAAUCCCAUCCAUCGCCGCCGUCCAAUUGACGGAAUGA